AUGAGAACGAAACUCUGCAGAGCCGCGACGGCUUUGUCGUCAACUCGCCAAACAGCAUGCUUCCACUGCGCCACCAGAACAUGGGCCAUCGCCCACCCCAUCACCGCCCAUGGCCCUCCGCCCAAAGCUCCCACGCCCGCGCCCGAAUUCAAGCACGAUCCACGACGAGCGACUACACAGCACAAACAAACACAGACGCAAACAGAUAGCAGUGCUGCCACGCGAGUGUCGCAAGCGAAAUCCUCCCCGCUCAAGAGGCGCUUCUGGAAGGACGUGCAUGUUACGGAGAAUGCAGAUGGUUAUCAAGUAUUACUCGACACUCGCCCCGUCCGCAGUCCCACGAAAGCUGUCUUGAUGGUCCCCAACACCAAACGCCACCUCGCCGAGGCCAUCGCUCUGGAAUGGGACUUGUUAACGUCGGCCCAGCAGGCGCUCAAGCAACACUUGAUCCCGCUGACGUCUCUCACCACGCGCGCCACCGAUAUUGUCCGCGAAGACGAGUCGGGCCAGCAACAACGCAUUCGACAGGAGAUCGUGAAGACGGCUAUGCGGUAUCUCGACACGGAUACGCUGCUGUGUUGGGUGCCGGAGAAGGAACUGGCCAGUGAGAAAGUCAUGUCAGGCCCCGGAGAAACAGGGACCGAAGGAGGGACACCGACAGAAAGCCUGCGCGAUAUGCAAAUGAGGGUUGCGCAGGGGAUUAUCGGUUUCCUCACACGCACAAUCUGGCCGGGCGUCGAGCUCAAGCCCGUCCUCGACGAGAACAGCAUCAUGCCCGUGUCGCAGAGCCAGAAGACGCUGGAUACCAUCCAGAGCUGGAUCUGGUCCUUGCCGGCAUAUGAGCUGGCGGGGCUCGAGAGGGCGAUCCUGGCCAGCAAGAGCUUGCUGGUUGCGGCGCGGCUGGUGGUGGAAUGGGGUGAGCAUUUCGCCAACCUGCAACAGACGCUUGCUGUGGACCGGGAGAGAUUCGGCGUUGAGGAGGCUGCGCAGGCAUCGAGCCUGGAGGUUAUGUAUCAGACGGGCAUGUGGGGAGAGGUCGAGGACACGCACGAUGUUGAUCGAGAGGAUCUGAGGAGGCAGCUGGGGAGCGUCGUGCUGUUGGCCAAUAAUUCCCCCCCGGGGCCCAAAGCAGUCGCCACCUUCUCCUUCCCCUCCUCCAGCCAACAACUCCAGACACUCCCUGGCCUUCCUCCCUCGCUCCCUCAAUAUCCUUACACACGGCCAGUUUCAUAUUCAUAUAAUCCCAGCCAAUCCAAUUCCCUGUUUUGUUUCCCGUCCCGAGCGAGUCGCUAUGCAGCUGCGAAGAUGAGCGAAUCAAGCGUUGGCCACAAGCGAUCCAAGAGUGCCCUGGCGCGCUCUCUCCUCCAUCGCGUACAGUCCAAAAACGAGAGCCGAGAUGAUAACAACAAUAACAAUAGCAAUAACAGCAACAUCAACAGCAACAGCAACAGCAACGGAAAUAUCUCGCCGACAUCAACAACCGCAUCGUCCUCCUUUCCCUCCUUUCCCGAGUCCCAGCACAACCGACACUCGUCGCUCUCCCUGACCAAAACCCGAAGCAACCGGAGAAUCGACACAACAAUGGAAUCGCCCACUGCCUCCGGCGACAUCUCUUCUUCCAUUGCCGAGGAGAGAAGCUCCUCGUCGCCGCCCGAAACUGCUCCUGCCGCUGCCACGUCGAUUGAACAGUCCGUAAAGGCGUUUCGUCUGUUUGAAAUCCUACGAAGCGGCGACACUACCGCCAUUUCCAAGGCGAUCAAGGAAGCAAAGGACCAAAGUACCGGCGCGGCCGCCGCAUCAUCAUCGUCGGGAACUACCAUCCUUCAUCUGGCUAUACAAUGUGCGGAUUUGCAAGUGGUGGAAUACGUGGUUGCUAGCGGGCCCGAUGUCGACAUCAACGCUCGUGACCGUGAAGGCAAUACGCCGUUGCAUCUCGCCUCGCAACUAGGCCGCGAUGCCGUGGUGCAAGCGCUUCUGGCACAGCCUCAGAUAGACGAUUCCGUUGCGAAUUACCGCGGUCAAACGGCCCUGGAUGUUGCACGCACGCCCGAGAUUUUUGAGAAAUUGCAACUUGCACGUUCGGUCUUUAUCGACGUCAAGGCGAAACAGAUUCAAGAUAUGGUGGUUCGGGCGGACUACAAUGGAUUGGAAAAGCUUCUCGAAGAACCCAGAGUGCUGGGCAAUAUUGACGUGAAUGCACUGGACCUUGUCACGGAUACUGUCACGGCGCAAUCCGGAGGCACAUUACUGCACGAGGGGGCUAGGAAGAAGGAUACAAAACUGCUAGAGAUACUGCUUAUGCACGGCGCGGAUCCAUUCAGGCGUGACAAGAAGGGCAAACUUCCGCAAGACGUUACGAAAGAUGACAAGACCCGUGCGAUUGUGAAGAAGUCGCCUGCUGCGAUCAUCGCCCAGCGCGGUAUUCAGGAAAGAGCCAUUUUGGGCAAUGUCCCCUCUCAAGCUAGCGCCAACAGAGCGGCGAGCAGUGAGGUUACUCUUGCCGGGAAAGAUGCGAGAGAAAUGAAGGGCUAUCUUAAGAAGUGGACAAACUAUACGUCUGGGUUCAAGCUGCGUUGGUUUGUUCUUGAGGACGGGGUUUUGAGUUACUACAAACACCAAGAUGACGCCGGUUCUGCCUGUCGAGGCGCUAUCAGUAUGCGCAUUGCUAGAUUACACAUGGACGCACAGGACAAGACUCGCUUCGAAAUUCAGGGAAAGUCAUCCGUGAAAUACCAUCUUAAAGCAAACCACGUAGUCGAAGCCAAACGAUGGUUCUGGGCUCUAAACAACGCCAUCCAAUGGGCCAAAGACGAGGCCAAGGAGGAAGAACGACGGCGGACCAGAGAAUCGGAAUUUUUGCAUGCAAAGAUGCAACAAGUGGAAAGCCGUGCUUCUGAAGGUCCAGCAUCUGAGUUUACAUCCUCGGCUACCUCCAGGGUCAAUUCAAGGGGUGCCGGCGGCUCGGCUUUGGUGACCACUGAUUCAAAACCCAGUUUCUCCCGGGUCAAUACUCAUACAUCUCGAACGGCAGUUGACUCUUCAAUUCCCGGAGACGAUGAAGCCGCUUCUGCCUAUGGAUCUUACACUCAGAGUGUCGCUCACACCAUCGAUCUUCACCGCACCAACGGCGUACCUGCUGGCAUUGACGAAGAGCCGGACUAUGAAGACUAUAAUGAUUAUGCAUCGAGUCAUGACGCUCAGCCCACUAAUAAAGAUGCGUUUUACAUCACAGCCCAGUCCGCGAAACUGCAAUUAGAUCUUCUGUCAAAUGUUUCUGCCUCCCUCAAGGCCCAGAAGGAUAAAACCCCGGAGCUUACAGUAUCUGACCCGGUGGUUGAUCAAGCGUUGUCAACUUACGAGUCGGCCGUGGGCAGUCUCAACGAUUUGCUAGCCUGUCUUUCGAACAUAUCACGCGAUAGGGAUGCCUAUUGGCAAUACCGUCUUGAUAAAGAAUCGGAUAUGCGCAAAAUGUGGGAGGAAAGCAUGGCUCGUAUUGUCCAGGAGCAUGAAGAACUACAACACAAAGUCGGUGAAUCGGAAGAGAAGCGCAGGAAAACAAAGAAGGCGCUCAAGGAAGUUUUAGAAAAUACGCCCAAACCUCUCGAGCACGAGGAUGCUGAUAAGUUCGAAGAAGCAGAAGCAGAAGCAGAGCUGGAGGCGGAGAAAGCAACAGCAAAGCCAAUAGUAACCACAAUGACGCUUGUGGGGGAUAAAGCUGAGCCUGUUGUUGACGCCAGCAAGAAGGGACAGACUAUAUCUGAAUAUGCAGAUCUUGCAGAGUCGGAUUCCGAUGAUGACGAUGCAGAAUUUUUUGAUGCUAUUAGCAGCGAAGACGAUGCAAUCCCAGCCGAAAAGUGGGCAGAGUCGGGCGAAGUGGACAGUAAUAUAGCUGACCUGCGCUCGUCGAAGCUUGCUGCUAUAACACCUGCGUUUACAGGGUACGAAGAUCCCGUUCGGCAAAGACUCAAGAUGGACCAAGAUGACAGACCUAAGCUGUCGUUGUGGAGCAUCCUCAAAUCUAUGAUCGGUAAAGACAUGACCAAGAUGACACUCCCCGUAUCCUUCAACGAGCCCACCUCGCUCCUUCAACGUGUUGCCGAGGAUAUGGAAUACGCAGAUCUGCUAGACGUCGCCGCCGACCGUUCCGAGUCCCUGGAGCGUCUGCUGUACGUUGCUGCCUAUGCAAUUAGCGAGUAUGCCUCUACGAUUGGCCGGGUUGCGAAGCCGUUCAAUCCCCUGCUAGGCGAGACUUUUGAGUAUGUUCGCCCGGACAAACAGUACCGAUUCUACGUUGAGCAGGUCAGCCAUCAUCCGCCGAUUGGUGCUGCGUGGGCCGAGUCACCGAAAUGGGAAUACUACGGUGAAUCGGCUUUGAAAUCUAAAUUCUAUGGCAAAUCCUUCGACAUCAACUUGCUAGGAACGUGGUUCUGCAAGCUACGCCCUAUCAACGGCGAAGAGGAGCUCUACACAUGGAAAAAAGUAACCUCUUCAGUCAUUGGCAUCAUCACGGGCAACCCCACCGUCGACAACUACGGACCCAUGGAAGUCAAGAACUGGAAAACAGGCGAAGUCUGCUAUCUCGACUUCAAAGCCCGCGGCUGGAAAGCCUCUUCUGCCUACCAAGUAAGCGGCAAAUUAGUCGAUGCCGCCGGCGUCACGAGAUGGACAAUUGGAGGGCGAUGGAACGACAAAAUCUUCGCUCGUCCUACUACUACUACUACACCACCCCAAGGCACCGAAAGCACCAUUGCCCCCGACGAGUCCUCCAAGCCCAUCCUCCUAUGGCAAGCCAACCCGCGCCCAACCGGGAUCCCUUUCAACCUCACUCCCUUCGUCCUAACCCUCAACGCCAUUCCGGACCGUCUCCGCCCCUUCCUACCGCCCACCGACACGCGACUACGUCCCGACCAGCGCGCCAUGGAAGACGGCGAAUACGACUUUGCGGCCAGCGAGAAACACCGCGUCGAAGAGAAGCAGAGAGCGAAGCGGCGAGAGCGCGAAAUGAAGGGCGAAGAGUUUCUGCCCAAGUGGUUCCAGAGGGCUAAAUGCCCUAUUACAGGCGAGGAGUAUUGGCAGUCUUCGGGCCAGUAUUGGAAGUGUAGGGAGGUUAGUGAUUGGAGUGCGUGUGAGGAUAUUUUCUGA